AUGGCCUCACGCAUCGGGCUGCGGAUGCAGCUGAUGCGGGACCAGCUGCAGCAGGAGGAGCAGCGUGAGCGGCAGCAGCAGCAGAAUGCAGCGCUGCAGUACAUGCAGCAGUGCAUGGCGGGGCCGCCUGCACCCACCCCUGCCAUCAGCGCCCCGCAGCAUUACCAAAGCAUGCAGGUGCCCGUGGAGGUUCUGAAGGUACAAACACACCUUGAAAAUCCGACAGACUAUCAUAUUCGUCAGUCGCGGAGGCAACAAGUGAAAGAAUACCUUUCAACCACCUUUGCUACGAAACAGACGGUCCUUGCAGUAGCAGGGCAUGUGCCACCAUCGCCUCCCACAAACAUGGGCCCUGUCGGGGGCUCAGCGCCUGCACCCCCACCUCUCCACUCCCCACACCUGCUGAAGGAUCAACUCAUGUCUGGCAACAGCGCCCCCAACAGCCCCAUGGCCAUGCUCAACAUUGGCUCCAGCCACGAGAAUGAGAUGGAUGAGGUGAUCGAUAACAUUAUGAGCAUGCAGUCCAGUUACGAUGACAUUCAGCCGUAUGUCGAUGCCGUCCAGAUGCCAAACACGCUCCCACUUUCAAGCAGUCACCUGGAUGUGUACACGGGUCCUGGGAUGAAGGGGCCAGCCAUCGCCAUGACGAGUAACUCCUGUCCUGCCAACUUGACCAUCAAGCGAGAACUGUCAGGCACAGAAGCCCGUGCUCUGGCCAAAGAGAGACAGAAGAAAGAUAACCACAAUCUGAUCGAGCGGAGGAGGAGGUUCAACAUCAACGAUCGCAUCAAAGAGCUGGGAACCAUGAUACCCAAAACCAACGACCUUGACGUGCGCUGGAACAAGGGAACAAUACUGCGUGCAUCUGUAGACUACAUCAAGCGCAUGCAGAAGGACGUCCAGAGGUCCAGAGAGGUGGAGAACAACUUCAAAAGAAUGGAGAUGGCCAACAAGCAGCUUGUGCUGCGCAUUCAGGAGCUGGAGAUGCAGGCUCGUCUGCACGGCCUGCCCAGCACCCCCCCCUCUGGCAUCAACCUGACUGAAGUCUUGUCUCCUUACGUAAAACAAGAAACCAGCCCAGAGGAGAACUUUUCUCAUCCCCAGCCACAAGCCCACCACCCACACCAGCACCUGCAGCCCCAUAGCCAGGCUCAACCUCAGGCCCAGCAGCACCACUUCCUCCCCCAGAACAACCUCCAUCCCCAGGGCCAGGCUCUGCCUCCCCACAGGCAGCUGCCACCACUCCAACACCUCCAGCAGCCCAUCCAGUUCCCAGCUGUGGGCAGCUCCCAGCCCUUUGACUUUGCUCAGUCACUUGACUUGUGCGACGGGAUUCCCGGGUUCUCCGACGGCAUGUCGGGGCUGGGCGACCUUGGUGGACUCGACGUCCAGGCGAGGAGAGGCGAGCUGGGGUUCUUGAUGAUGGACCAGCCUUUGUCCCCUAUAGGUGGAGACCCGCUGCUCUCUGCAAUGUCCCCCGAGGCCUCUGUAGACUCCAGCCGCAGAUCCAGCUUCAGCAUAGAGGAUGGAGACAUCAUGUAGACACAUUUAUACGCACAUACACUCACUCAGAGUUCUGAGUGGUUCAGAUAAAAUGUAAACGGCAUAAAAAAAAAACUGUAAAGGAAAUCAUUCGUUUUGCUCAAACAUCACAGUUUUUACACAUAUCAGUUUUGGUAGAAUUAUCUCUGUAACGGUUCAGGAGGAAGAAGGUUCAAAGGUACAUUUACACAGAUGGAAACAUGCUGUAAAGAGCAAACAUUUGCACACACACACACACACACACACAUACACAAGUGCCUGUAAGUGAAUCUGAGCAAGCUGAAAC